AUGCCUCCGAGGAAAAGAGCAUAUCCAGGCACCGGGAAACCGGGGAAGGCCACAAAGUCGAAGGAAAAUGCAAAACGUCAGCACACCGAAGCUUCUCACACACUUUACUUAUCAAACCUAAACACCAAGAUCAAGCCACAUCGGAUGAAGGAGAAUUUGUAUGUACUGUUUACGUCUUUUGCAGACGUUCUUGAGAUAAACUAUCCCCGCAAAAAUUUCCGUGGGCAAGGCUGGAUAGUGGUGACGUCGCCCGAUGAUGCCAAUGAAUGUUUGGCCAAGUUAGAGGGUUUUGACUUCUUUGACCAACCUCUUCACGUUAGAUACGCCAGGAAGGACUCUAAUAUAAUUCACAGUCUGAAGAAACUUGAAGACGCAACUCUGCAAACAUAG